GCGCCGACGAGGGCCUCCCCGUGGGCUUCGGCGUGGCGAAGACGAAGGCGCCGAGGCCCAGGGGCAACCUCGACGUGGGCAGCGCGCGAGGCCUCCCGCCAGCGUCGCCAGCAGCGGCGAUCAGCGCUGCCAGUCGAGGUCAGACGUCCCAGGCGAGCUCGACCAGCCGAGUCGAGAUGGACCCGCGCGGGCCAGCUCGACCAGCGCGGGACAAUGUCACCGCGCAGCCGAAGCAGCGGCUGCACAGCGAGUCCUCGGCCGGCGCCGCCUCGGGCAGCCAUCCGUCAACCCCUGACAGGCCGCUGCAGGCAGCGGGCAUGCAGCAGGUCUCCAGCAGGGGUGCCCGCGAGGCGGACGUCGGGGCCACCAGCGACGCCACCGUGGUGCGCUCGGCCUGGAGCCCGACGGAGCUGCGGAGCGGCGGGGGCGAGGAGCACAGGAACAGCCACGGCCGCGGAGGCGCGGCCGCGUUCCGCGAAGAGCCCCGCAACGGCGUUGGCACCCCGCAGCGCGGUACCCCGCCGCCCGUCGACGCCGCUGGGAUGCUCCUCCCGAGGACGCCUGCUGCUGAGAGAGGGUACUCUUCCAGCACUUCGCCGCGGAAGACGCGCAGCAGGACCGAACCCGCAGAUGCCAGCAG